UUCCCGUUUCCAGCCUUACGUCAGGGCGGCUACAAUGCUCUUAAACUCAUCUGCUGUGUGAUCCCAGUAAAAAAUCGUCCCACUAGGUACUCAGCGGCAUCAAAACGUGCGAGACCGACUCUCGGCUUGUUUUCCCCCCCAACACCUCUCUCCGCUCGCGUAAUGUGUUCCUGAAGAAGGCGUUAAGUGUUAAAUGUUUGAAACACAAAACCACCGUGUUUCACAUGCUGAAAGAGGACUUCGCUACUCGUGCGCGCGGCACUGCUGCGUCUGUGCAAUAGACGCAAAGAAAAACUCCUCUCGCACGCCUGCAACUCCGUGGCUGCGCAGAAAGGACGCUGCAAAACCUCGUUUUUUCUAGUUUCAAGACAAACGCUUAAAAAUUCAAACUGGCUCACGUCUUUCCCAACCAGCCCAGUUUGACAGCUGCUCUUCACCCCGCUUGGAGGACUGUCAGCAGCAGCAGCAGCAGCAAGAGGAUGGCAUCAGAGCUGGCAAUGAGCAACUCCGACCUGCCCACCAGUCCCUUGGCCAUGGAAUAUGUUAAUGACUUCGAUCUGAUGAAGUUUGAAGUGAAAAAGGAGCCGGUGGAGCCCGAUCGCAACAUCAGCCAGUGCAGUCGCCUUAUCGCCGGGGGAUCCUUGUCUUCCACCCCGAUGAGCACGCCUUGCAGCUCGGUGCCCCCUUCCCCAAGCUUCUCGGCGCCCAGUCCGGGCUCGGGGAGCGAGCAGAAGACACACAUAGAGGAUUUCUACUGGAUGUCCGGUUAUCAACAGCAGUUGAAUCCAGAGGCGCUGGGCUUCAGCCCCGAAGACGCAGUCGAGGCGCUCAUCAACAGCAGUCACCAGCUCCAGUCCUUCGAUGGCUACGCCAGGGGCCAGCAGUUUACUGGCGCGGCCGGGACAGGAGGUUCCAUGGCCGGGGAAGAGAUGGGCUCCGCCGCGGCCGUGGUGUCAGCUGUGAUCGCUGCGGCAGCUGCCCAGAACGGGGCGCAACACCACCACCACCACCAUCACCACCACAACGGCAGUCACCACCAGGCACCCGGCGUUCAGUCCAACGGCACUUCUGGGACGAAUCACCCUCACAUGCGCCUGGAGGAUCGGUUCUCAGACGAGCAGCUGGUGACCAUGUCGGUGCGGGAGCUCAACCGGCAGCUGCGGGGGGUCAGCAAGGAAGAGGUGAUCCGACUGAAGCAGAAGAGGAGGACCCUAAAGAACAGAGGCUACGCGCAGUCAUGCCGGUUCAAGCGGGUUCAGCAGCGGCACGUCCUGGAGGGGGAGAAAACGCAACUCAUGCAGCAGGUCGAGCACCUAAAGCAAGAAUCCAGGCUGGUCCGGGAGAGGGACGCGUACAAGGAAAAGUAUGAGAAGCUCAUCAGCAACGGCUUCAGAGAAAAUGGAUCCAGCAGUGACAACAACCCCUCAUCCCCGGAGUUUUUCAUGUGAGUCUCAAACUUAUCGCGAAAAAAGAAAUAAAAAGUCACCCCUCCGAAAAGUUUUGGUUAUGAAGCUUUUUUUUUAUCAUCUUUUUUUUUUCCCGCAAAGCCAAAUAGACAAAGAAGUAAUUUGUCAAGUUUUUUAUGAUUUUAUACUUUUUUGUUCUUGUUGUUUUUUGUGUUUUUUUUAAAAGAAGCAACUCCCUCAAGUCUGUGACUGUUUAAAUGUGGAGGGUUUUUAUUAUUAUUUUGGACAGGCAUUAUAAGGAAACUUUCAUCAAUUGUUUUUUGUUUGUUUUUGUUUUUUAUUGUUAGCUGUACAUAGCGCAUACGAUGUCUGUCAGGCUCUUUUUCCACCGCUGUUCAUAAGGUUUGCAGUGCUGUUCUUUUUUUUUUUUUUUUUUUUUGAAAGUUGACUCAACGUCCCGCUGUUCAGAAAGUGUGCAUGCAUGCAUUAAGCAUACUCCUAUGAAGUUUCUCAGUGUUCCCUUUUACAACUUUUUUACUUUUGAUUCAAUGUACAGGUCCCUGCAAAGCUGCAAACGGGCUAUUUUUUUAUUAUUAUUAUUUUUAAUUUACCAAACUUGGAGGAUCGCAAGCCUGUCAUUUGACGCCACCUCAUCUCAUGCGUUUGUCUCUCAUUGUGUUGAGCAACGAAAAUGACUGUACUUUCAUCACAAACUGUCCAUUGUUUUAAAGAAAUUUGCUGUUGAACUGCCCUGCAUGCUGGACAUGUAUGGUUUUCUUUUCUUUAUUUUUGAGCUUGAAGAUGUUCCCUUUUCUCCCCUUUCUUUAUAUUUGGCCGGAUGACUCCAGCAUGUCAUUCAUUACUCCCAUCUUGGCCUCUCCUCACUUUUUUGGGACGAACACAAAAAAGUGACAGGACUCCCCCUCCCGCACCUCCCCUUCAAACGUAUGCAAGUGCAUUUCAGCUGUGUUGAAGUGCUCCACCAUCGACUGUCAUUAUACGCUGCAGAAAGUGCGCAGAGCAUUACCUGAUGGAACUUUUGUCGGCGGAGAUCCUGCAGCGAGAGGACGCAAAAAAAAAAAAAAAAAAAAAAAGAAAGAAAAAAAAGACUUCACAUUUAUAAGAAAAUCACCAGUCCAGUCUCUGGAAGUCUAGUCUGUUGCUAUAAGACGUUGUUAUUUAAAUAUAUACCAUUGUGCAUAUGUCAACAUUUGAAUAAUUUUCAAUAGCCUACAUAAUUUAAUUCUGAAGUUUUGUGAUGCAAAUUGCAAACAACAGGUUGAAACACAGAUCGCCAAAGGAAGGAGAGGUUGUUUUAAAAAAAAUAAAAAAAUAAAAUAAAAAGAAAGAAAAGGAAAAAUAGUCGUUGAUAAAAAAUUGGCUUGGCUCCAAUUUAUAAAGUGAUAAACAUUGUCCUGUUCAGAAACAGUGCUUUUGCAGCAUGCAUUAAUAAACUGAACUGUGCGCUCACACGUUUAAAUAUUAUACACAUAUAUUUUUUUAUUAUUUUAAAACAAUAUUUAAAAUAAUAAAAGUGCAUAACAAACACGAUUUGGAAAAAAAAAGGAAAAAAAAUGUUAAAUUGUCAUCGUUGAAGGCGAAGUGACUUGCAAUACACUUUCGAGAAAUGUCUCUCUUUCAAACUGACGUACUGAACUGCACUAAAAAAAGAUUUCGCCUAUCGUUAUGUGGGAAUCAGGGAAAUAAACAAAUUAUUCUGGAGAGCUCUCAUAAAGAUAAGAUUGACAGCCUGUUACGACUUAAUCGUAACGCUUCAAUGUGUAAUGAUCAGGUCGGAAGAGAAUGUUGUUUGUCUUUAAACUAAGUCAAUAUUUGCAAAGCAAUAACUAAUUAUUAUAAUUAUUAUUAUUCUAAUCGAUGAUGUCUGGACAUUGUUGGAUCUUCAGGGAUUGUUACCCUGCAUGUACAAAAACGAAAGCACCAUUCGCUAAUGAAUCUUAAAAGUAUGUUAAUUAUUCUUUUUUUCUUAUACAUAGUAUAUAUAAAAAUAUAUAUUUUGCUGUGCAAAAUUAUACCACUCACUAACCUUAUGUGAUGUUCAUAUGUGCUCUUUUUUUUCCAUUUCAUACAAUUAAAAGAUAUGCAAUAAAUGUA